UCGAGUCUUUUGUGCUGCUUGAUGCGCCCGAAUUCAUUAAGAAUAUUUGAUUAGAAAGGUCAUAACGUUAGGUUAAAGAUGAUGCAAGAACGGAAAUCUAGAAAGCGACAACAUGAUGGAGACUGCUUAUUAUCUGAGCUUAAUGCUUUCCAAAUUCAUAAUACAGCUAUGCAUCAUUAUAAUGAAACUGCCACAGUUCUUAUUAAAGAGAAAAUUGACAAAGAAUAUCCAGGGUGGGAUGAUGAAAGCCGUCAUGAAAUGAAGAUGGUCCCUCUAGUUUUUCAAUCCAAAAAGUGCAACGCAGAUGGUGACAAGGCAGAGGAAAUAUUAUACUCCUUCAUUCAACGCAUAAAUGAUCCAGAUUCAGACAUACGGCGUUAUUUUCAAACUAAAACUAUAAGCGUACGAGGCUUUGGAUUUCAUGGUUUGAAGUUUGAUGAUGAAGAAGUUGAUCUUCUGUUGGUUUUUGCCGGAGGCGUAGUAAUAUUUGAGUGCAAACUAAUACUGGGAAAAAAAAGUCCCCAAGCUGUCUACCAACAUGCCUUAGGACAGUUGAGUCGACAAAAAAAGGCAAUAAGUUGUUAUCUUGAUGUAUCUAUCAACAUUAUUAAAGUCGUGCUUGCCGAUGCAAUCAUGCUGUGAUAUUACGGAAGAAGGUGCAUUGGUUUUUUUUAAAGAAGACUUUCUUCAUAAUAAAUUCAAUAAAUGGCUUUACAAUUUUCCUUCAAUGGAUUUUGAUUUGUAUAAAAAGAUUGUGAUGAAGUUCCUUUGCAAGUAUCAUUGUGUGUCACUGCGUUCUGGUCGUAUUAGGUUCAAUAACUUAAAGCAAUUUAAAACGCAAGGAAUAUACGAUACUUCGGACCGUUUAGAUCGAACAUCUCGGAAUUAUUUCAAGACAGAUGAACAAGCUUUAAUUUUACGUUGUAUUGAUCAUCCUGGGAGAUAUUGGGUUAAAGGAGCUGCAGGAACAGGCAAAACUUUUGUUCUGAAGAUGAUUGCAAAGGAGUGGUUAGAGAAACAUAAGUCAGAUGAAAUGACAAUGCUCAUAAUAACCUAUAAUGUUGCAAUUAAUAAUGAAAUCGACUCAUGGAUUACAAAAAACGUCGAAUACGACAAAACGAAAGUACGAGUACAAACUUUCCGGAGACUGCUUUGUCAUAUGCUUCAUGCUUUUUCUGAAGAAGUUCGUUUGCAGAACGAAAACAAAGAAGACAGAAAUAUUGUGGAGUUCAUUUUAAGAAACGGGGGAGUGGAGAAGUAUUUUCGUUCUAAGUUUACAAAGACACAACACAAAUAUACUUUACUGUUAAUCGAUGAAGCUCAGGAUCUUUCUGGUGAAUGGAUCAAGUUACUUCAAGGUUUGUUGAACAAAAAUAAAGGAGCGAUGUAUGUCUUUGAAGAUCCGUUUCAAAAUGUCCGUGGCACCGAAAGUCCGCAAAAUGAGCAUUUUGUUCCUUAUUUCUUACAUAAAGUUCUCCGUAAUACUCAUAACACUUUUAAAGCGUAUAAAGGAUGUUAUGAACAACUGGCCAUUGCCACUGAAACCAAACAUUUAUCUCCACCCACCGUUGAUCACACAGUCUUCGGCCUAGAGCCGUGGUACAAAAGUGAGAAUACCAAGGAAAAACUUCAAGCCAGUCUGUUGUCCACUGUCGAAGAAUUACUGGGGAAAGGCAUUGGUUAUGAUAACAUUGCUAUUAUAUCAUCAGGGGGAAAAGAUGAUAUGGUUGAUCUGGUCGAAUUUCUCACAAGCAAGAUUCCAAUUUGUGAUGCAAAAGUGAGCAACGAAAAAAAGAAGGAAAAAAUCAAAUCGGUCAUCGUUGACUCUUACCAAAAGUUCAAAGGCCUUGAAGCUAAGGUUUUGAUUUUUUACAUUCCAAUUGGUUGGACCCCUCCGUAUGAGGCCAUUUAUGUGAGUUUGUCGAGAGCAUUUUGUCUUCCAAUUGUUUUAGGGGGGAGAAAGGAAAUUGACCGUAUCAAAGACUUAGGUCGGAACGAUCUUCAAUAACUGGAGGUCACCUUUUUUCGAUUUUUUAAAAAUCUUUUAAUGAAAAAAAGCUACGAUUCAAACUAAGCAAUGAGCGAAAUCAAAAGUGAAUUCAAAAACAGAAAAGUUUCAAGUACUAGGAAAAAACUCCUUUUUUUAAAUACGCAUAAAAUUCACUGUCCAGUGGACAUCGCUUAUGAUGCUUCGUGCAACAUGCUUCAGACAGUAUGCCGAUUGAGAAUUUUCUUAAAAUUUAGGCUUGAAAAAUUUGACUGAAAAAUUAGUAAAAGUUGUUUUAGUAUUUUUUUUGUUAUCCUGGUAUACUGGUUGCGUGUAUUUCAUGGAAUUGUAACAAAACCGACCAAAAAACGAUAAUCAUCAAUGUAUCAAACAUCGUUUUUACGUCUAAAGUUGUAGCUUUAUGUCAGCAUUACCUCAGUUUCAAAUGAUGAACAUCCAAUAUGGAAGAAUUUCUAAUAAACGAUUCGGCCUAAAUCUAAAUUUAUCAAAAUUCGUUGAGCUUUUUAAGUCAAUUAAAUUUAUAGAAUGAGAGGAAUUUGUUUCAUAAAUUGCUUACUGCACGCACAGAGGGACUGAUAUGUUUUAGCAACGAACUAGAUUUAAUGAUGAAAUUUUACAAAUAGAGGUUUUUAAAACAUUACAUAAAAAUUAUAUCAUAUUUUGUUUUGUGUAAUUUUGCCAGAAAUAACGGUUUGAUGGCGAUAAAUGCACAUUAUCUUCACUCAGCCUUUGAACACAAACAUUCAUGGGUAGACUUUUUUAUUUUUGUACACUGACCAUGUUAGGUCGAUUUUGUAUGUAUAUAAACUUUGAUGGAAGGUUUGAAAUAAAAUUUAAUAGAGGUUGCAA